UUUCUCACGUGACUUGAGAGGAAAACCUCAAACAAAAAAAACGUGACUUGAGAGGAUUGGAUGAGGCGCGCCGCGUGCGGUGGCCGACGGCGAGAAGGCGCAAGCAAGCAAGCAGCGACACGCCCUCGCACUCGCGGCGGCGGAUUCGUGGACAGCAUCGCCAGACAGGGGCUCGCGGCGAGGCGGCCGGCGGUCUGCGGCAUCCGUCGCCCGGCGCUCCGCGUCCUCCGCGGUGCGGCGCUGCAGCAGGACGGGAGCUCUGACGCAGCGACCAACAUAAGGAAAAUUCACAGGGUGUGAAUCUUGUGGCCACCGGCUAGCGGGACGGAGCCGUGGCACCUUGCGCGCGACCUGUUCGACAAAUUGCCCUGGCCGAGCUGGUCUCCUCGUGCUGUGGCAAUGGCGUUGCUAGGCGCCACCCUCGGCCGGCCACCAUUGUCGUGUCCCUCCACCCCCAGCUCGCUGCCAUUCAGGCCUAACUGCUUCCAGUUCCCUCGUCCGUGCCACACAGGCGUGGUGGCACACCGGCGCAGAGCGUACCCAAGGAUCGAGGCCACGGCGAGGCACGGCGCGCGGAAGGAGAACGCCAAGGUCAGAAACCGCCGGCUGCAGAAAAAGUACAAUGGCACGGCGACCAAGCCCAGGCUGUCAGUCUUCUGCUCCAACAGGCAGCUCUACGCCAUGCUCGUCGACGACCACGGCAAGAAGAUCCUCUUCUACGCCAGCACCCUGCAGGAAGACAUCUGCGGCGACCCUCCAUGCAGCACCGUGGAGGCCUCUCGGAGGGUCGGGGAGGAGCUGGUCAAGGCGUGCAAGGAGCUGGACAUCUCCGAGGUCUCGUGCUACGACCGCAACGGCUUCGCUCGAGGGGAGAAGAUGAUGGCGUUCGAGGAUCCGGUCGCGCAGCACGGGUUCCUGCCCAGAUAGCAAAAUUAUGAGAUCCUUGGGAGGCUUGCACCAGCUGCUCAACGUAGCAGGCUAUUUGGUGAAGAGUAGGAGUGUAGCCUGCAGGAAGUUCUUUGCUCUGUGAAUUGCUUGAUGUAUGAUUCAGAGCAUAUAGCUCGGACUACUUGGUAUUUCACAGCAUGUUAUUAAGCUAGACAAUCAUCACCGAGAAUCAUAAAAUGCUUCUCCACUGUCAUUUCAAA